GGAGGGGCUUAUUUAUGAUUUAACAAACAUGUCUGGUUACGAAGUGUCGGUACAGCAGCUCAAUGAUUUGUGUGCGAACAGUGAAGGUUGCUACCAAAUGCCAACACACGAUGUCGACGAGGUGUUCCCUCGAAUAUAUGUUGGAAACGCGUCUGUUGCCAUGAACAAGAUGCGUUUAAAGAAACUAGGUAUCACCCAUGUCCUGAACGCAGCAGAGGGGAAAUCCUUAAUGCAUGUCGACACCAACGCCGAGUUCUAUGCCGGCACGGGCAUCACAUAUCACGGCAUGCCCGCCAGCGACACGGACCACUUCAAUCUCAGCAUCUACUUUGAGGAGGGGUCUGAUUUUAUUGAGAAGGCCCUGGCACACAACGAUGGGAAAGGGAAAGUGUACGUCCACUGCAGAGAGGGUUACAGCCGCUCCCCGACGCUGGUCAUUGCCUACCUGAUGCUGAGCUGUGGGAUGGAUGUUCGCACCGCCUUGGCCACAGUGCGACAGAAGAGAGAGAUCGGUCCUAACGAUGGCUUUCUACGCCAGCUGUGUCACCUCAACGAGACGCUGGCUGCCAAAGGAAAGUGAUGCUUUCCGCAGCUUUUUCUUUUUCUCCUGUGAAGCAUAAUGCAUUACAAACAAUGUUCUUUGAACCUUCUAGUACUUUACCUUCUAGUACUUUUCAAAGCCACAAACCUAAAAGUCCUGUCAAUUAAGUGUUCCAUUUUAUUGUAUAAAGUAUUUUUUUUUGCUGCAGUUAAAGUUCUUAUACAGAUGUCCAGCAUAAAACCCCAAAGAGCUAACAACAACAAGAAAUGAAUGCACAGUGGCUGGGAAAAAGUUCCCAGGUAUUCAGAACACCUGGAAAGUAUCUUCCAGUUAAUUUACUGUACAUGUACACAGACACACACAUAGAGACACGCAACCUCUUACUGAUAACUGUGUCUUGUGGGCUAGACUGUUUCUUUAAUUAUGGCCUGUCUUGUGAUCACCAUCCAGAAACGCACUGUUGAAUCCUCCCAGUGAGGAAUAAGGCUGUUAACAUCCCUCCAUAGCCACGGGAGGUGGUGGGGCUGGAGGUGCUGCUCUGCCUCUGUGUUUCCUACAAUUCCUUUUUUGUCUUGGUGUUUAGGGGUACAUUUAUAAAUAGUUUACAUUCAGAUGCACAAUGUUACACACUUCAUGGAAAUGUUGUUACUGUUUACAUGCGGCCAAAUAUUUUACGAUAAUUGUGCUAUGUUCUUACACUCGCACAAAUGCAUACACAGAGCACAUGACGACUGAACUAAGACCCCUGACCUGUCAUUUGUUUCUUAAUUCAGUGUUUGAGAUCACAGGUUGCGAGUUACCAUAUUAAUAUGCAUCCAAAUCACUGUACUGAGAUUAGAUUCAACUUUAUUGUCAUUGAACAGUACAAGUACAGUGCGAUGAAAUGCAAUUAGCUUUUAACCAGAAGUGCAAAUAGAGGAGGGCAGAAAAUAAGUACUUACAAGUAUUACGCAUGUGUAUAUUACCAGUGGAAUGUAUAGAUGUGCAAUGAAGGCAAAUGCAGUACAAAUGGCAAUACUAAAUAUGCAGUUAAGGCAAAUAGAGGGCAAUAGAUGUACAAGUAUUAAAUAUAGACUAUGUUACAAGUGUGGUAAUAGUUGUUCGGGUACAAACUGCAAAUUCUAAAUGGCAUUCUAGAUAUGCAGAUGAGGCAAAUUGAAGGAGUAAAGUAGUAUGUGCAACCGGAAUGCAGAGAGGUUAGCAAUGAGAUCCAUGAGGUAGACAUGCGUAUGUAACAACUGUAAAAAUGCAAGCACGAUGGCAAUUCUGCAUGUGCAACUGAAAUGCAGGAAUAGCAGCGGUGAGGUUCCUGAGGGACACAUGUACCUGUAACAACUGAAAAUGUCUGUUAUCAGGCUUUGCAAGACAGUGUCGGAGUAGUACAAGGGAGUUGUGCAACAAAGUCUCUGAAAGGCAGGGGGGGGGUGGUAUGGUAAGUGAUGGGUCACAGUGUUCUCUGGGUUACAGAGUAGAGCAGGGUUACUUAGUAGAAGGGAAGAAACUGUUCCUGAGCCUGUUGGUGCGGGAUCGGAGAGACCUGCCUGAUAGUAGGAGGGCAACAGUUGGUGUCAUGGAUGUGAAGGGUCCCUGAUGAUCCCACGUGCCCUGUGCAGAUACUGCUUGCACUGGAGGUCUGCGGUGGCAUGAAGCUGGGCACUAGUGAUGUGCUGGGUGGUUUUCAUUACCUGUUGCAGGGCCUAUGGGCUAUGGAGCAGCUGCUAAACCACACUAUGUUGGAGUUUGUCAUAAUACUCUCGAUUGUGCAGCGGUAAAAGUUCACAAGGAUCUUGGGGGACAGGUGGGCUUUCUUUAGCAAUCUCAAAAGGCGCUGCUGCGCCUUUUUGACCUGGGCUGAGAUGUUGAGGGACCAGGAGAGUUCCUCGGAGAUGUGGACAGGAAUUUUAAGCUUGUCACAUGCUCCACCUCUACCAUCGAUGAGAACUGGGGCAUGACUGCAGCCUUAAGACUUCAUUAUGAUGACACUGACAGAAUAUGAUCUUUUAUUCAAUUAACCCUUUGUUGUAUAAGAUGUAUGGUUAGCCUGCUUUCUUGCUGUUUUAAUUUGUGCAUAAAACAUGAUAAAAAAAAAACAUAAAUUGUCUUUCCUCUAUUUCUGAGUCAUUAUACAAAGUAUGUAUCAAUUGCUGAGGCAGAGUUCUUCCUCUGUCCAAUGUCUGUGUUCUUUUGCCCAUCUUAAAAUGUUCCUUUUAUUGGCCAGUCUGCCUGGAAUGCCAGCAUCCCAGAGUUGCUUCUUCACUUUUGUCAUUGACACUGGUGUUUUGUGGGUACUAUUUAUUCAGGUUACCAGUUGAGGACCUGUGUGGUGUCUGUUUCCCAGACUAGACACUAAUUAAUUAUUGUCAAGAGGACAAUUAGUAAUUGAGCUCUUGCUCAGUUGUGCACUGGAAAAUUCCACUCUUUCUGUUCUGUUUAGAGCCAGUUAGUGCUAUUCUGUGGAGUAGGACACAACAUUGUAUGAGGUCUUCAGAUUCAGAAGAAAGAAAUAUUUGUUUCUGGUCAUUUUGAGCCUGUAAUGAAACCCAAACUGCUGCUGAAGAAACUGAACUAGUGUAAAGUCCAGUUUUAUUGCUUCCCGUUUUCAGUUGUGCUAACAUACACUGCUU